CUCUCAUGCGCAGCGUAGUUAGCCAGGAACGUAGGCUCGCCGAUAGAUAGCAAUGCAUUUCCAAUUCCGUAAAUGGCAAAGAUUUUCCUCGGCUCUCGACGUUGAGUAAACUUUAUCUGUCGUUUUGAAGCGGAACAAGAAAAAAAACGUUGCCUCUGUCUGUGCUCCCAUUAGACGGAAUUCACUACAGCGAACGGAGCAGAGGGUUAUUUUUCUCUGGGAAAAGUAGCUAACCUUAGCUCGGUAACCUUAGCACCGGAGUCACUAGCGUCUCCUCUUGCCACGGAGAAGAGCAGAGGGAGGCUGUAGAUAUGUGAUUGUGGGUUAGCUUGCUAAAUAGCUCAUCUACUGUCGGCGGAUGAGCUCAUUUUACAGUUGGUGUAUGUGUUGGUGUCACAUCACUUGAAACUACCCAGGCAGAGUGGAACUGAGGAAACCAGCCAGACGUCGCCACCAUGUUGGAGGAGGACAUGGAAGUUGCCAUCAAAGUGGUGGUGGUCGGCAAUGGAGCUGUUGGCAAGUCCAGUAUGAUUCAACGUUACUGCAAGGGCAUUUUCACCAAGGACUACAAGAAGACUAUUGGAGUGGACUUUCUGGAGAGGCAGAUACUUGUAAAUGACGAAGAGGUGCGACUAAUGCUGUGGGACACUGCCGGCCAGGAGGAGUUUGAUGCCAUUACUAAGGCCUACUACCGGGGAGCCCAGGCGUGUGUGCUCGUCUUCUCUACCACAGAUAGGGAGUCGUUUCAAGCUAUUGACAGCUGGAGAGAGAAAGUGGAAGCAGAAGUUGGAGAUAUUCCUACGGUUCUGGUGCAAAACAAAAUUGACCUCCUGGAAGAGACUGUUAUAAAAAAUGAGGAGGCAGAAGCUUUGGCUAAAAGGCUGAAGCUGAGAUUUUAUCGGGCUUCAGUGAAAGAGGACCUUAACGUCAACGAGGUGUUUAAGUACUUAGCUGAAAAGUACCUUCAGCGACUCAAACAGCAAACAGCAGAGGAGACGGAGGUGGUUCAUACAACAAGCAAUAAAAUAGGUGUUUUUAAUACCACAAGUAGUAAUGUCCACAACCAGAGCUCCAGCAACGGCAGAGAAGUCAUCACUUUGCGACCUAACAAACAGAGAACCAAGAAGAAUAAAAAUCCUUUUGGAAGUUGCAGCCUACUCUAGAGUAAAUAUAAUUCUAGUGACUGACUAUUAUUUCUAAGAUUGAUCAUAGUUGUAUUCCAUGGAGGUAGCCACAGUUAGAGACCAAAGCCCACACAGACUGGGAAACACUACACUAUACUACAUUAAUAACCUGAUGUUUAAUCUGUAUCCUGAGUUAUUUCCCCACAUUGGUGGUUAUAUUUCCUUUGAUUCAGCCUUGGUUCCUCAUCAGUGAUCUGCGCACAAAACCUGUCAACCUUUGUACACACUUGGUUUCUCCUUGUGGUUGCCUUAAGAAACAGCAACAGCUGCAGCAACAGUAUAUUGUGUCAUGAAAUAAACCAUUGCAGUGCCGUUCAAAAGGGGCAUGUUCAGAACCACGUGGAGAUAGCAUAGAUAGUAGGACAGCUGAUUGUUACAAAAUAUAGCGUCAAGAACGACUUCGCCUGAGAUGAGAAUAAGUUCGGUUCAAUUUAGCAAAACAAAAUGACAAACUUACACAACCAGUUGUAUCUAAGUGCAAUGGUAAACUCAGCUUUCUUGAGUCGGUUGCAAAAACUUGUCCACGUCUUGGCACGGCCAUUUUUGCACCCUGCCAUUGUUGCAAUCCAUGACGUCGAUUGCAUGAGUUGAGUUAUUCCUAAUGUACUCAGCGACUGUCAUUUUAAUGUUUGUCUUUUUGCGUUUCUUGUGAACCGCUCAUCCAAAUGCCUUCACACUCAACACUGCAGUUCCUUGGCUCCUCAGCAACACACCCGCCGAGUGUGAGGUAGAUUGGAUAAACGGUUGUGGAGAAACACAAAGAACAGACACUUACGAAGGCAUCUUCAUUUAUUCGUGAGAUGAUGCCCCAAACAAUGUAAGUUAUGCCUCUAAGUGCAGGUGGAUUUUCCCCCAAUUACAGAGGUGUUUUGUAAUACAACUUGAAACUUUCAUCAAAAUAUUUAACAUCAAAGGUUGCACUCUUACUCUGUAUAAAAAAGAAAAAAAAAUUGCUCCUGUACAUGAUUUUUAAAGUCACUCAUUCGUGUGUUUGACAUUUCAACUGUGCAAUAUGUUUGCAUGUAUUAUAAAAGAUACGCAGAUUAUUUUGUCCCAUAUUUUUCUAACCGUCAACAGAAUAUGGUUCAAACUAUACUGUUUAUCCUAUCGAAUCCAGAGUUAGAUGCAUAAGUAUUUUUGUACGAAGCACAAAAGUGUUGAAUGAUAUCUUGUGCCAAAUUUUCCUCUUUCUGAGCUGUGCUUAAAUGUAAACAUUGCAGUGAUUUGGAUGUAACAUGAAAUUGAUAGAAUGUGCUCCUAUGUAUAACCAAAUAUCAAUAACCACUGACACAAAAAUGACUCCUUUGUAUGUCUGCUUACACUCCGUUUAUUUACAGAUUUAGUAACCAGCUUGUUUCUGAUGUGAAACACAAGUUUAAUUAAUCAUACUCUUCUGUUUGAAUCAUAGUAUUCAAGUUUUAAUCAGUUAUAGUUCUUGGGUUUUGAUUGCAAUUGUUUACAUUUUGCAUUCUGUUUACGUCGGUACACAUUUGAGCUCACUAGUUCGCCUCAGAGUUAAUCUUUACUACCUACAGUACACAUUCAGAUUCUAUAAUAUUUCUAACAUUUCAUACACUAAAUAUGGUGCAAGAUUAUUUUAGGCUUGGCUUGUGUAGUUUCUUAAUAAUUUCUACAUUGUAAAUAUCAUCGUGCUCCUUUUUUGAUUGGAAAAAAAAGGAGAAGGAGUGGGGGGCACAGAGUUGGAAAGCCUGUGGUUUGGAGUCUUGGGCAGAAUGUAAACCAAUACUCUCUGAAGGUGUUACAAGCAGCUGGCUGUCAGAACUGGAUAUUUUAACUCUUGAAAUGCUUGUGUGUGCCUGAAUAUGCAAGAAAAUGUAAGUUUCUUCUCACUACAUCAGGGUACUCCCUAAAAGAUCCCCUCAAACGAAUGCUCAGUCUUCAAUACAGCUAGCUGUGAACUCUGUCAUUUGCCUUGUCUGCCUCAAGCCUUUUUUUUUUUUCUUUUUCAAAACUCAUUAUCUGGAGAACACUGGUUUACCAAGCACAAAGAAAUAUGUGGUGAUGUGUAGAAGUCUUAUAUUAAAAUCUGCUGUCAGAAAUGAUUAAUAUUUCCUAGUUAAAAUUUAUACGGAAUAAGAAUACACAGAACAUUCGCUGCAUGUUUUUUUGUCUUUCUAAAAAAUAUUUGUAACUGAUCCUUGAUAUGAGUUCAGAUGGGACUGAAUUAAUUCAUUUCAUUCACUUAAGUCUGUUGUAAAAAUUCCAAAAGGUGCUCAAAAUGUGUUCCACAGAUAAACCAUUGGUACUAAGAUUGUGUCACAUCUCAAGCUUCCUUAUUUGGUUGUAUGUAAACUGUGCUGUUUUGAAAAAAAGAAAAGAAAAGAAAGUGGCAUAACUUUAAUGCAUGCAAGCCUUUUUUUUUUUUUCUCUCCACAUCAGUGAAUGUCCAACCAUGGUUGCAAUGCCUCGUCUAUGUUUACAUUCUCCCCCUUUGACUACCAGUAAGAAUUUUAGUCCCUGCUCUGGCUGUUUGUUUAUAAUUGCCUGCACAGUAAAAUCUGUAAAUAAUUAUUUCUCAACUUUCUCUUAUUUGUAACAUUGUGUUUACCUUGUCUUUUUGCGGUUUGACGGAAUGGAUUUAGCGCACUUUAUCAUUAAGAUGGCAUAUAAUCUUAAAGAAUCAUAAGUUAAAACUAACCAUACUUAAGUGCUGUCACUCAGGUGUAAAAGAAAAAAAAAUCGUGUCUUACUUUUCUUCUACUUUUUUUUCUUUUUUACAUGACUUCGCAAACCAGUUUCACACAUUUAGACUGACGAACCAACGAUGCUUUCAGUAUGUAACAGAACUCGUUUUGCUUUUUACGGUUGCAAAUGUAUCACAACCCGAAGUGUGCUGCACAACUGCUCACCCGAUGUUGUGUUUGGGAGGUAAUGUUUGAUGGCGAUCUGACAUUAAUAAAUAAAACUUUACUUUUUUCUUUGGCA